UACAGAAUCUUGUCGGAUUAAUUUGCUGGGACAUUUAUAAUGUUUUCGGUCCAGCGUGCGUUUUCUCUCAAGUUAAGCAAACAGCAUGUUGCCGAUGUGAGGCGACAAAUUGCCACUUCUACUUCCUAUUAUUGUGUAUUCUUCCUAUUCUUGUUGAGCAGUGUAUCAGGAUUUUUUUCCACGAUGUCCCUGUACGAGGUAUUAGAACCACUUGAUUACGAGGAAUUCUUGGGACAGCAUCAGUCAGUGCUGGACCGUGAUCCUUUAAAACCAAUACUAGAUUUUCCACCGAGAGACGUCGAAUUGAGAGUCGUAAAGAGGAAGAUUCGAACAGAGGAGCCAGUAGUAUCGCACGAAUCAAUUGAUACCGUGUCGCCUUAUGUGAAAAGAUGCAUUGAGAGUUUUACUUCAGACUGGGUCAUAAUAUAUCGUAAAUACAAAGGUAGAAUCUCACCUAUUGCCAGAGACAGAUUGCUUCAUGAUACACCUAGACAAGAUUUCGAGGUAGAUCAAGAAGAUGCAAAUGGCUGUGUAUCACCGAACGAGGAGGAUGAUUUGUCCAAUUCCGGAGAUACUCCGAGAGGAUCUUGGGCAAGUCUGGAUUUGCGGCAUUCGCAACAUGACCCUCUUCUGCCGAGUUUGUUAGAUCGUGUUUGCCUCGAAACGAUCGAUCAGAUGAACGAGCAUAAAAGAUUGGAGGAUCGACAGGAAGCCUUGUUUCCGCUUUACGCUCUUCCGACUUCUCCUGACGACGAGUGGCAAGAAAUCAGUGUUGCCCCGGAACCUACAGAACCUUUUGUUCAUACAAUUCUCGUAAAAUGUCUGCAAUUAAAGUUAGAAGUGGAGCUAAUAUUUGCGAGUCUUACAUUAUCUACUACUCAAUCUGAAAUGCUUUUGGAUCUAAUGUAUAGAAUCGCCAAGGGUUAUCAAGGAUCGCCUGAUCUUCGCCUGACUUGGCUCGCAAACAUGGCGCAGCAGCACAUGGAAAGGAAAAAUCACACGGAAGCAGCAAUGUGUUUGGUGCACAGUGCCGCUCUGGUAGUGGAAUAUCUUCAUCUACUCGAACCUGGUGACGGCGUUCGGCCCGUAGGAGCCGUUGCUGUGAACGCCGUAACACCGAACGCUUUAGAGGAGAGCGCCGUCGGCGAUGACGUACUAAUCAGAAGGAAAGAAGGGCUUUGCUUAAACCCUGAUUUUUCAGAAAGUGGAUUGACGGGUUUUUUGGAGCACGCGCCUAGCUUUUUUCACGCAACUGGAAUGUACGAAGCUAUUUCUGACGUCUAUAGGGCGUUGCUACCUAUAGCAGAAGCUGCACAUGACUACAAUAAAUUAACUAACAUUCACGGUAAACUUCACGAGGCAUAUACGCGUGUAGAACAAUUGGCCGGCAAGCGUGUCUUUGGGACGUACUUCAGAGUUGGUUUCUAUGGCGCCAGAUUCGGCGAUCUCGCCGGCGAAAAGUUUGUUUACAAAGAGCCAAUUUUAACAAAACUUUUGGAAAUAUUCUCGAGACUCGAGAACUUUUAUGCCGAGAGAUUCGGCGCGGAGAAUAUAGUUAUAAUAAAGGAUUCGAAUCCUGUGGAUCCUAGCAAGCUGGAACCGGACAAAGCUUAUGUACAGAUCACUUACGUGGAGCCGUACUUCGAAGCACACGAGCUUAGACACAGACUUACAGUUUUUCAUCGGAAUUUCAACAUGAAACGAUUUGUUUAUGCGACAUCUUUUACUCCUGGUGGCAAAGCUUACGGUGAAUUAUGUGAACGGUGUAAACGGAAGACUAUAUUGACGGUGACGACACAUUUCCCAUAUCUGAAAACCAGAAAUUGAGUUGUGGCUCGAAAACAGAUAGUCCUGAGUCCCAUCGAAGUGGCAAUUGAAGACAUACAGAAGAAGACUCUCGAGGUGGCUGCUGCAACCGCUCAAGAACCACCUGACGCAAAGAUGCUGCAAAUGGUCCUUCAAGGUUGCAUUGGCACGACGGUUAAUCAAGGACCCGCUGAAGUAGCGGUCGUGUUUCUUUCCGGUUUGCGCGAACAAAAUGCGCAGCCGACCAGAUUGCAGCACAAGCUUCGUUUGUGUUUGAAAGAUUUCCAGAAAAAGUGUCUCGACGCUUUGCGGCACAAUAAGAAUCUGAUUGGUCUCGAUCAGCGGGAUUAGGAGCUGGAGAGAUAUUAUCAGAGAUUGACCGAGAGAUUGGCACCUCUCAUUGCUUGGAGUGGACCGUCCUUAAUUAAUCAGCAAGACUGUACUCCUCCGCGCUGGUAGGGAAAUGAAACACUGCCAUAAAAGCUUACCAAAGACUAAUGUAUCCAAUUAUUAAU